CAGUAUGACGCCUUUUCCAACACUGCUCAAUGACAGUUGAACAACCACCUAGCGUAACUUUCAUGUGAAUAAAAGCCAGUUUAAACAGAACGCACCAUCAGAACAGUCGCUAAAAUGUACGAGGGCGAGGAAACGGGUUACCAGGACAACGAGAACGACAACAAAGAGUCACCCAAACAAAAACAAAGGAAAAACAGGAGAACGCCAAGUGUUCAAAAAGUAAAUGAUCCAGGUGUCAAAACCCCGGCCAGCUAUUUUACUCUAUGCAUCACGGGUCAAAUAGUUUCGGCCACAUUUCCACUGGGUCCUGACAAGGAUUACAUAUUCUGUCGCUACGAGCUGGUUGCAGGCCCAGACUGGCAAUUGGCAUCUGGCCCGCAACACGGCAUCACACAGAUGGCAACCAUCAAGAGUGGCCACUUUAAUGACAAAAUCGUCUUCAAUAUGCCCAUCGAAGUCUCAUACAAGAGCACCAGUCCCUUCGGCUGGCCACAAAUUAUAGUCAGCGUGUAUGGACAGAAUGGACUCGGUAGCGAGAGUUUGGUUGGCUAUGCACGCGUGCAUAUGCCUGUCUUCGGAAGCCGCCGCCAGGACGAACAGACGUCUAGCUUAAGUGAAGCACCUAUCCUAAUGCCCAAAUGCCCGAAUAUGAUAGCCGAUAUAACCAGUUGGUUGUUGCGGCGCCAGCCGGAGCUUAAAGAUCCCAAAAUACUGCUGGACAACACGCAAUGCAAGGGUCUAUCCAUGGAAUCAUAUGGCACCCUGGAGUUCCAGCUGAAUACGGUAAUGAGAGGAGCUCGCAAGCUGGGUUACAAUUGGCAUGCCUGAAUUCGGAUCGGAUAUAAAACCAAUAUUCUAUAUAUAUCCAUGUGAAUAAAACGUAAAUUUCACGACGCUGCUUUCAG